AUGGAGAAACAUGAAGAUGUUCAGUACUGUUUUCAAGACGGAAACUCUUCUUGCAGAAAGGCUUUGCUAUCGACAUCUAUCUACAUAACACUGUACAUCUUCUUCUCAUUGAUUUCAGCGGUUACAGUAUUUUUGAACGUACUGGUGAUCAUCUCCAUCUCUCACUUCAAGCAGCUCCACACUCCAACCAACCUGCUCAUCCUCUCUCUGGCUGUGUCAGAUCUCCUGGUGGGACUGGUUGUGAUACCAGUAAUGACUGUAGCAAUAAUGGAAUCAUGCUGGGGUUUUGGGGAAUAUUUCUGUGUGUUUCAGAUCUACGUUACUUUAUUAUGUACUUCUUUAUCUCUGGGUAAUUUGGUCUUGAUAUCUAUUGACCGCUAUGUUGCUGUGUGUGAUCCCUUAUUGUACCACUCUAGAAUAACAAUACCAAGAGUGAUGUGUUGUAUAUCCAUUACCUGGUGUUGUUGUAUCAUAUACCGUGCUGCUAUUAUAAAAAACUUUGUAAAUGUACAGGUACCCAGUCGGUGUUUGAAUGAAUGUUUUAUUGUUGAAGGGUCAAUCUGGGUUAAUAUCAUUGACCUUGUAGUUACAAUGGUUGUCCCAUGCUCUAUUAUUAUAACACUUUAUAUGAACAUCUUUGUGGUGGCCAGAUCACAGGCCAGAAAUUGCCGGAAGAUCGUGAGUAAAAAGAGCCUCCGCGGUUUGCAUGGCGGACGGGAGCCCAGGCAGAGGAAGGAGAUGACAAGCUUUGGAAAACCGGUCCACAAUGACGAGAACGGUGGUGUUCCCCUGGGAGUGGGGAAGGUCAGUGACAAAGUCCAACAAUAG